UUCGAGACAGUCUGCGCAGGAUGCGGAGCUUUUCCUCCUCGAUAUCCAGCAUCCUGGCGAUCCAGAUAUUCCUUCACCUCCAAGACCCACUACUCAACGUCGUCGUGUCGGUGCGGUGCGGUGCAACGUACUAUAACAUUAAUUUAAAACCCAUAUAGUGUCUUUUGGUGCUUAUAUAUUUAAUAUAUACACGUUUUUAUUUAUAUAUUUUGAUAUAUAUCCGAUCGAAUUUUCGCAUACACACAAAAACAUAAACACAGGCGCCAACCAAUAUUAUAUUUAUUGAAAUUUUUAAUAUUAUUAAAGUUUUAUGUAAGUCAGCUAUUAUCAGCUUUUACGACACUUUAGAGCAUCUAUAGAUAGUUUUAUGGUGGACCAAUUAUAGAUAUAGACCAAAUAUAUAGGUUUUUAGAAGCUUUUUAGUCAAAAAAGUAUCUCAAGGUUGUCAAACUCCCGACCCGGAAGAUGACAAAAUAAUGGUGCGACUCCAUGGGCUUGAGAACAAUAAGCGAUCGGAAAGUUCGAAGAGUACCAACACGCUGGCGCACUACAGCAAGCAAGACAUUUUGGAACAGUAUUGUAUUUCCGAACGGGGCCUGGGUGCCUUGGAAAAUGGCGGACACAGCAUUUUCGGGUGCCUUUCUACGCACAGCAACUACUCGUGCUCCUCAAGAAACGCUCCCUCACUCCUUACGGGUUGCCUGAGACAACGCGUCUCCUCAGACGAGAACCUUUACAAGCUCUACAGCAGAAAUCCAUGCGAUUUCGCUCCAUAUCCCAAAAAGCAAUGGUAUCCAUGGUCUCCAAAUAUGACCCUCCAAGAACAAGACCUCCGUAGCUCCUAUUUCCGAAAAAGAACCUACGGGGACCCCCGCCGAUUCACUUGGAUGCCUUCGGAGGAGGAGUCGAUACGCAUGGAAAAACCCCGCUCGAUCACUGACCUCUCUUAUAGAAACAACACGCUAACUCAAAGCAAAAAGCAUGUGAGUUUCGCCCGCUCACAUACCCUCACAUCCUUCGACGACGCCAUGUCCUCUCUUAACUCAUCCUCGAGUCACUUAAACCGAAUAACGAGGAGCCAAGAGCGGCUCUUAGAUUUGCGAAAAUGUAACGAAGCAGCAAUCACGAAACAACCGAAGAUGUCCGAAAGCGGUUGUCCGGUUGAUGCUAAAGUGAUUAAAGGUCCGAUGAAGACUCAAGCAACCCAAACCGAUACUGUUUUGGCGAAAAAAGCGGUACCAUCUGCGCAUAUCAGCUUCAGCCCCAAGUCACUACAGAGGGCUAAAAUGGUUUCCCAGGCCGCGCAAACUAACGGAUUCAAUGGUCGUAAAUUAACCAAAUCAAUCUCGGAGGCCGGCAGUACGUUUGCUUCCCCUUUAAAUAAAGACAGGGGAUUUUUUGUGGAUUAUCCGGACCACGAACCAGUUCAUCGGACUCAAUCGGAUGAGCCGCCACGCUCUCCUUUCUUGACCACCCCGGCCCCGAACCCCUUUAUUCGUGAAAAUCCCUCCCAGAGUGAAACCUCCUCACUAUCGAAAUCGGAGGACCACGAAUCGGAAGACUCCACCGAUCCCAAAAAGGAGAUUUUUAUCGAUUACAAGCCGCAGUUGCCGUACACUCAAACUAAGAAACCGCUAGUAAAAACAUUUUCUGACGGGGUGAUAUUGACAGAGAAAAAGAAUUAUUUUAUUAGUGAGGAUCGGGUGGUGCCGAGUGUUCGACCGACAUACACUUCCAUGAGCCAUGAAAACUUGCAUUUGUUGGAUAGUACCCAGUUAGAGUGUAAGCCGCAUUUCCAAAAAGCCCCAAUUAAAGACGAAGGUGUGUGCCCUAUGCCCUUGGAAGAGAACAUUUAUUCGUCCGUUGAUGCGGGAUUGCAAUCACAAGAUUCUAUCGACGAGGAGUUUCAUGAGAACUACAUGCUAAACAGGUUGUGUCAAAGGCAAGAGUCCAUAGAGACUGAUAUUGAGGCAAUAUGCGAACGAAUAUCUUUGGGAGACGAGUCUAUAGUCCCUUCAGUUUAUUUCCAGCAUACCAAGUUUUCUCCAUUUGCCUCAAAUGAUUCGUUAGCGAACGAAGCAAGGGACCAAUCUGACGACAUAUGGAACGAAUCUCAGGUAACCGUUUUGCAAGUCGACUCUGGUACGGACAAUGGUACUGCCCUCAGUACUUCUGAAACAGUUUCAGCCUCACCUAAAGUUCCAAGUAUAUUAUUAUCACCUUCCUCCAAGAGAAAACACCUGCUCAUGAUGCAACACCAGCAAAAGUCUUCGUUUGACAUGGAUCCUCUGGACGAGGAGGCCGUCGAAGAUGUCCUUAAGCCGAUUUCUAAUGAAAAACCCAUAAAUACGCUCGAAGUUCCAAGGAUGCUCCAGUUCGCCCCGAUUAAACCGAACAAGUCCAAACAUCAAACGUUGAGAUCCCAAUCCCCUUUGAGGUUUCGAAAUUACGGGGAACCCUCUGUAGGCUAUACCACGGCGGAGUCUCCCCUACCGGCCGUCGUUCCCGAACUACUACUGACCGCAACAGAUUCCUGUAAAACCAACACGGACUUAUCGGAGAGUACCACCACAGACGACUACCUAACCGCCAACUCCGGAACCGAUAGUUCCAGGAAAAGCACCUCGUUCCAGGUUGUUCCUUCUCUCUCUCCAUCAGUUUCACCUGAUGCCCAUCAAUUUUUGCACGCUGACCAUAUUUCAAUUAAUGCCAUUUCUUAUGCAAAGGGCUCGCAUCCAGGCACCGGCAGAUCGACUCCGUCCGACGAUAGCAGCUCUUGCGGCAGCUACAGUAUUGAAAGAUCCACCCCGGAUCUAUUAAAAGGAUACUCUGCUACUCCGGACCCACCGGAAAAACCAUCAUGGUCCGACGAAGAGGAGCGCAGUGAAAGACGCUACUCCUCCUCCGGCUAUUACGAGUCCCCGAUGGAAAACGAGUUAAAGAAGCCAAACGAAUAUAUUACAACGAAAUGUAGAGAGGUUAAUUUUAAUUUAAGCACCUCCAAGUGCAGCAGAUCAAAACAGGCAAUUGAGGCGAACAAAACGGCCGGGAUCACGGGAGAGAACCAUAGAGGCAACAACGAUAAGGGCAAAAGGUCUAAAAGUAGGGCUAGAAGCCCUAUGCAGCAACAUAAGAAAAACACACAAGGGCGAAGAUCUCCUUACAAGGACAAAGCCUCCCCAAUCGAGGAUAAGGGCUACAAAGUAACCUCGGACGAAUCUAGUACGGGCCAAGAAUACCUUAACCCGAGAAAAACAAAGAAAAACAAGGAUAACUUACGGCGCAAGUCUUUGCCACGGUCGCCUACUUACCAAAAGAACCAGAAGAAGAGCGAUGUGAGUAAGUACCAGUCUAAUAGCUUACCAUCCAGCUUGUCCAGGAAGAAAUCGAAAAAACACCCGAAGGGAUGGCAACAGCAGGAACACCAUGACAAGAAGAACACGGAAGAGAGCCCCACGACGUCCACUAAAGAUACCAUCACUUUAAAGGCGUUAAGCACUGAAUCCUUAAGGUCAGUUAGUCCGGGGAGCGAUAGUGUUUUUUAUAGUGAUCCUGGUGGGCAAGCGUUGGCUGACCAACAAGGACAUUGUCUACAUUGCGGGAAAGAGGUGGUACAUGAGAAUGACGGUGACACGCCCACGGCCAAGUCUCACCACGGCCACCAACAGCACCAUCACCACCACCAUCAGCAGCAAUUCAUCGUUCAACCUCCGGCCGGAUUCGAAGACUCACCCAAAGUAAAAGUGGAAAAGCUGUUUAAAAAAUUGGAUAAACGACUGAAAUCCGAGGAACGGGGGCAGGGCGAGCACCGACGUUACAAACGCACCUCCGAUAUGCGAGCCAAGUCAGAAGAACGAUGCGGGGGCGCAGCAGCGUCGUCAUCCCAACGAGGGCGACUACGGCCCAUGCAGAAUUCGCCAUUCUGCAGCAAAGAGCAUCUCGCCUCAGCCAACAGUAGCCCGAGCAUCCUGCCGGGAGCGCCCGAGGAGGAAAACGAUCAAGGACUCUACGCCGCCUGCUACGAACCCUCAAGGUGGUUACACGUCGACGAGAAACAGUCCAAUGGGAUCCUUUCACCAUCCGGAUCAGAAGGAGACCGACGCUGCUCGAUAUCAAGCACCGAGUCUGAGCAUGAGCUGUGCAAACGGUAUCAGGGGAUCGUUCACAAGAACGCCCAUCGAAAACCUUAUGUAGAUAUGUACAAACGGUUACAUUUUAAAACUUUUGAUUGUGAUAAAACGAUCGUCGUCCAACGUGAAUCCGGAGAAUUUGGGUUCAGGAUUCACGGUUCUAAGCCAGUGGUGGUAACCGCGAUCGAGAACGGUACCCCGGCUGAAUUAUCCGGAUUACAAGUGGGCGAUAUUAUAAUUACUGUGAACGGUGUGAAUGUUUUAGAUAAGAGUCACUCGGAUGUUGUGCAAAUCGCUCAUGCGGGGAGCGAUAUUUUAACUUUAGAGGUUGCUCGAACCUCUUUAUCGCCCUGUCCAACGAAAAAAGGUGUAUUGGAACCAGGAGAGGUUCUUAGCGGGUACCUGUGGAGGUUGAGCGGACACGGUAGAGGUUAUAAAUCCAAUAAGUGGAUCAGGAGGUGGUUCAGUUUGAGGAGGAAUAGUUGUCUCUAUUUUUAUAAGACUGAUACUGAAAAGCAACCUGUAGGUGUAGUGAUGCUUUUGGACCAAAACAUUCAAGAACUGGACGAUAACGUCGAGCCUUCCAAGUUGAAUAAAUUCGUUAUUUUCAAGAACGAAUAUAGGUUUUAUGUAGCAGCCGAUUCGAUAGAAGAGAGAACCCGAUGGGUGGACGAGAUCCGGAGGUGCGUAAACGAUAACCAAGACAACUACCUGGAAAAAACCAAAACCAACCUGAGCCUCUCUCCCAGCGCCAUAUCAGAUCCGGACUGUUUCGGGUAUUUAACGAAACUGGGCAGCCAAUGGAAGUCCUGGAAUAAACGUUAUUGUGUCCUCAAAGAUGCCGCGUUGUACUUUUACCACGACGCCAACUCCACCAGCCCGUUUGGGGUGACUUUAUUGCACGGGUACAAAGUUCAACUGUCCAGUUCUAUUAAAAAACACGGCUUUGAAGUAUUAGCGCCCGAUGUUACGAAGAAACAUUAUUACUUUUGUGCCGAAUCGGAUUCUGAUAGAAAAAGGUGGAUAUCCGCCAUGGAGUACUCCAUUGACCGUUGGUUGAAACUACAUUAAAGAAAGUCGUGUAUAAAUCGAACGACAACUAGGAAAUUGUACAGUGUGUCCAAAAUUAUAUAUAAAAUGCCAACAAGAUUGAAAAAUUUUGUUUUGUUUUUCUAAAUAUACGAAAACCAAGUAAAGUUUG